UUGUUGACUUGAUGACUAGCAUAACUAGUUAAAUACUUCUUGAGAUGUUUUAAGAACAUUAUUUCGUAUAAUGGAAGCUCGUAAUAAUCUCACUCUGUUCAUCUUGAUAAUCAUAACAACUAUAUUUCAUAAAACCACACUUAGUACAACUACUCCUUGCUUUUCAUCUUGUGGAAAUAUACACAAUAUAACCUUCCCUUUCCGACUAGAUACCGAUUCACCCAGCUGUGUAUCAACGGGGCUCUACCACUCAAAUAAAGCUUUUGUUCUUUCUUGUAAAAACAACCACACUACCAUAUUGAAAAAUAAUGGAAGAAGCUAUUACCAUGUUGAGGCAAUCAAUUACAACAACUACACAAUUAGGCUUGUGGAUCCAAAUAUCCAAAAGGGUAAUUGCUCUUCCAUCCCAACUACCUAUUCAUCAUCAAAUACUCUCCCUUCACCAUUUGAAUUACAAAUUACUUUUCGAAAGGGUGAGAGGUUUUGGUCCACAAAUUUUGUAACAUAUCCAACUUCAGAGCGUGUGUUAUUCUUGAGCUGUGAAAACAAAGUGUACAAUAAUUCUUUAUACAUAGACACAGCUCCUUGCAUAAACACCUCUGAUUUGUCUGAAAAUCCCAAAACAAGGUUCUUGUACGUUGCUUAUGCUAGUGGGUUUAAGUACUCUGAUUUGGUCGAGUCUUGCCAAAUUUACCAAACUGCCCUCGUAUCAUCGAAGAAAGAUAGGAAUUAUACGAUGAUGACUAUGUCAUACCAAGAUGUACACGAUGAGUUCAGCUAUGGUUUCGAGGCUUCAUGGCUCCGAAUUCUGCAAAAAAAUGUUGAAGAAAAUUUUUGCUACAUCAGUGAGAGUUACAACAAGGGUUAUUGUCUUUAUCGUUAUUGCAGAGCACUAAAACUGGCACGGAAUCUAGUGUGUAGAUUCUGGUUUAUAUUCGAGAAACGUCUAAUGGUGUCAACUGUUCAUCUUACUGAUUUUAUUUGUCUACGAUGGAGAAACAUAGCUCUAAUUCUAGCACCAAGAACUAUAAUUGGACUUUUAUUUCUUAUUGGUCUUAUUAUCUAUAAAUGGAAAAGACGACAUUUGUCAAUAUACAAAGGCAUUGAGGAAUAUCUCCAACGACAAAACAAUCUCCUGCCUAUAAGAUAUUCAUAUUUAGAUAUUCUAAAUAUGACAAAAUGCUUCAAGAUUAAAUUAGGUGAAGGAGGAUUUAGCUCUGUGUAUAAAGGUAAACUUCGCAGUGGUCAUUAUGUAGCUGUCAAAAUGUUAAGUAAAUCCAAAACUAGUGGGGAGGACUUUAUUAAUGAAGUUGCUACAAUUGGAAGGAUUCAUCAUGUUAAUGUGGUUCGACUAGUUGGUUUUUGUGUUGAAGGUUCAAAGCGUGCUCUAGUAUAUGAAUUUAUGCCUAAUGGAUCUUUAAAUAGCCAUAUUUUUAUUGGAUGCAAAGAGAGAAAUAAUUCCAUAAGCGAUGAGAAAAUAUUUGAUAUCUCACUUGGAAUUGCUCGCGGUAUCGAGUAUCUUCACCAAGGAUGUGAUAUGCAAAUUUUACAUUUCGAUAUUAAACCUCACAAUAUUCUUUUGGAUGAAAAUUUUACUCCCAAGGUUUCAGACUUUGGUCUAGCAAGAUUAUGUCCUUUAGAGAAUAAUAUAGUCCUAACUGUAGUGAGAGGAACGGUUGGUUAUAUAGCUCCAGAAUUAUUCUACAAAAAUAUAGGAGGAGUCUCUCACAAAGCUGAUGUGUAUAGUUUUGGAAUGUUGUUGAUGGAAAUGGCUAGUCGAAGGAGAAAUUUGAACACACAAAUAGAUCAUUCUAGUCAAAUAUACUUUCCAUUAUGGGUGUAUGACCAUGUAGACAAUGUAGGGAGCAUUGAAUUGGAACACACCAUGAAUGGGGACAAAGAAGACAAAAAAACAAAAAAGAUGCUUAUAGUAGCAUUAUGGUGUAUACAAAUGAAGCCUUGUGAUCGUCCUUCAAUAAGCAAAGUCAUAGAGAUGUUAGAGAGCCAUGUUGAGUCUCUAGAAAUGCCUCCAAAGCCCUUCUUGUAUCCACAAGAUUCUUAUAAUAUCGUAGCUGAUACUACUAAGAAGACACUAAAUACAACAUGCUCAUCAUCGCUUUCAUACAACACUAAUUAAAUUUUAAUGGUGAUUCAAAUAGUUACUUUUUAAUUGAUGUUGUAUUACUUUAUUUAUCAAUCUAUAUAGUUGUUAUUGUA